UGUGCCGGAAAAGAUGCCGGCUCCGCCCAAGCCGGCAAUGGCUCGACCCAGGAUGAAGACAAUCGAGUUUGUAGCGGAUCCGCAGAUAGCCGAGCCGAUCUCAAAAACCAGAAUGCUUGUGAAGAAAGUCCUAAAGUCCUCACUGAGGUCAGUAACGUGUCCACUCGCACACGAGUUUCACAAUGACGUACCACUUCUUGUCGUAGAACUUAUAAAUGCGGCCGAAAACCAAUUGGGCACAGGCCGUCGUCAGCAUGUAUGAGGAGCCAUACCAACCAAUAUCGCCCAGAGAAUUAAACUCGUCCGUAAUUCUCGGGACAGCCGUGGCGAUGAUGGUGCGAUCCAGGGCCACCAAGAAGAGGGCGAGAAAGUUACACAGGAUCGUGACCCAGAAUUUGACACUUUUAGGCUUGUAGAGGUCCUCAUCCCCCCCGACAGCCGCUCCCGGAGGACCUGAAGCCGGGGCAAUCUUCUCGACGUCGCUCAUCUGAGGAGUCGAGGUGUCGGUCUGGGUGACCUGUCCCGACUGCCCGCUCCCGCUGCCGAGCGAAGUCAGAGAUCGCUUUUCGGUAGCCAUGGUGGGCAGAUAUCCGAGACGAUCGGAGACGGCAGAAGUUGCGUAAGGCCGCUGAGAUAAAGGGCGAAGAAAGCGUGUGAGAGGUGAGGCGUGACCAGCCGAACCGUUUGAACAAACUUGGACCCACGAGGAAAUGAGGUUUGAGGGAGCGUAUGUAAAUAGGGGCGCGGCAAGGGAGCGAUAUUCGAAGGGAGUGACCUUGUGCAAACUUUAAAAUAAAAUACCUGACCUGGGUAGGUAGGUAUUGCUGCUGCAAGACUCAGACUCAGAUUCUGGCGGGUGGGCGAGACAGGAAUGCGUCUCGGGCCUAUUGCUGCGCGCGGCCAGAGACAAGAUGUCGUCAGGUAGGAAGAGAGCGAGCGAGCAGCCUUGAUUGGGGUAUAUGCCCCCGGGACGGAAGAUGAGCGAGGUGACGGCCACGAGCAACAUCGACAAGCCACAGCCUGGAACUGGAACUACAGCGCAACCGAUACCGCAGGACUCUUGUGUUAUAUAGAAGCUGCGACAUGGCCGGUGCCUGCCUCUUGCGAGAAGAUCAGAGCAGCCAUUGUCCGCCCGAAGCCAGAACUCCGCCAGUUAGGUUGGGUAAACAAGAACUUAGGUUGGAACUAAGUAUAAGCAAUCUAUCCGGGCCGUGUCAAAUCGAUUCACAGCUGACAUGCGCCGGCCGCGUAUAAAUCCCGAAUCUCCAAGAGCCCCCCUCUCUCUGCCGCUGCUCCUUCCCACGAUUGGGACGAUGUGUGCUGCCUUGUGCAACUCGAACGCGCCAGUGGCAUCCCAAUCAGGGUGAGGGGGAUGACAUGUGUGUGUGAAGACACCCACAUCCACUCCUUGACUCCUUCCUAAGCGGAGGUGGCCAUGGAGGCAUUGGCGGUAUGGUUAGCAGGAAGGAGCUCUUCUUCAUCUGGCAGCAGCAGCAGCAGCAGCCUGCCUGCCUGCCUGCCUGCCUCGUCCCUUCCGGGUUCCUUUCUUACCUUAACCAGAUCCAGAUCCAGGACAGCAGGGGCAACUGCUCGGCAGCAGCUUACCCUGCGUCAGUUCUUCAUCGAAUUGUAUCUCCCCGUUUCUUCUUCAGGUUCCAUCUUCACCUCCGUCGUCGCCGCCGCCCCCUUUUCUGAAUUUGCUCCCCCCCCCAGUGCCCUCUGUUCGUUCCACCGUGGUGGUAUUGCUUGUUAUUUGCUGCUGCUACAUACAUACCCACAUUACAUACAUUGGAUAUUCCAUUACCAUUGUUCUCCUGUACACGGGGGUCUGAGACCCGCAGGGCAUCAUCCAUCAAAUCCCCUUCAUCGCAGCUUCCUCGAGCUGGGUGCCUUCCCAAGAGGACGGACGGCGCAGCCACUCUGGAAUGGUCCGACCUGCCUAUUGACAGCUGCCAAUCUCGCAUUUUGCUGUCGCCCGGUGUUGCCUUGUUGCGUAUCGUCCAUUUCGCCAGUCGUCAACCACCAGUCAUCGGCCAUCGGUAGUCGGUCGUCGCACCUCACUUUGCCCGCGCAUCGGCAGUCAAGACACCCCCCCUGGCAGGAUAGGCAGCAGAGGGAGGUAUUGUUCGGCCCAUCCUCACCGACUGCGCCGACUCGUGCAGCGAUCGCCCGUCUUUGACAUAUACCAUCACACAUACCUGACCUCUCUGCCUUGCCUUGCCGACAGAGACCAAACAUCCAGCCGGUCGGAUACCUUGCGGCUCUGCCCAUCGCUCCGACGGUAUUGGCCAGAUCUUGCUGGCUGAACCUGGCCGAGCAUUGGGGGGAGGGACCAGAGCGAAGCGCGGCAGACCUGCAUCGCUUCCUACAUUCCAGUUCGUCGCUUCGGGCCCGAGCGGUUCACCCGCGCUUCCGGUAUCGUUCGAGAAACGACCGUCUACCAGGUCGGCCCAUAUUACCCACACCAUGGCCACAGAACAGCAUCUGGAGCAGCCGCCGUCGCCCUCGCGGCUCCCCAUCACUGGUUCCGAGCCGUCGGUGAUGAAGUUGACGCGCGGUCACUCAUGCGUGCUGUGUCAACAACGCAAGGUUCGAUGUGACAAGCAAAAGCCUUGCGCCAACUGCCUCAAGGCCCAGGUCGAGUGUCGCGUCGUGCCCCCACAGCCACCAAGACGCAGGAAGAAGAAGCCGCAUGAGAGGGACCUCAUCGAGAGACUUCGGAAAUACGAGCACUUGAUGUCCCAGCACGGCCUCUCCUUUGAACCCAUCGCCCAGGAACUCAGGCCCUCGGACAAUGGAGACGACGUUGCCGAUCUGGAGCAGGAUCUGAGCGGGCUCAAGACCUCGCCCUCAAGCACCGCCGACCAUGUCUCGCCAGAUCAGGCCAAUGACAAAUCGAAAUGGUAUCCCAAUAACAGCUACUACAAAGACCAAUAUCGCAACGCCGACGAUGACUCCUCGGACGAGGACUACGAGGGCCCAACGCUUCACCAUGCCUACGAUGCCAUGUUCGACAACAACGAUGGCUUCCCCUUCGUCGUGGGCGGCGCAACGCAAAGCGUGACUAGCCACCACCCACCAGCCAUCCAAAUGUUUCAGCUCUGGCAAAUCUACAUCAGCAAUGUCAACCCUCUGCUCAAGAUCAACCACACACCGACACUCCAAGCCCAGAUCAUCAGUGCCAGCACGGCCAUCAACAAGAUAUCGAGGCCCCUGGAGGCCUUGAUGUUCGCCAUCUACUUUGCCGCCAUCACAUCCAUGAAUGACGACGAGGUUCAAAGUACCUUUGGCGAAGACAAGGCAGUCUUGUUGGGAAAGUACCACCAUGCCACCCAGCAGGCACUUGUCAAUGCUGGCUUCAUGCGCUCGACCGACCUGGCCGUGCUCCAAGCCUUGUUCCUUUACCUGCUCUGUGUUAGACAAUAUGUAGACCCACGAUCCCUGUUUUGCCUGAUCGGUAUGGCGGUCAGAAUAGCAACGAGGCUGGGAAUUCACCGCGACGGAGCUCAGUUUGGCUUGACACCGUUUGAAACGGAACAGCGGAGACGCCUGUGGUGGCAGCUCGUCAUAUUCGACAAGCGAGUGGCGGAAAUUACUGGUUCAUCCAUCACCGCAUUGUCGACAUGUGCAAGCGACUGCAAUUUUCCCUCCAACGUCAACGAUACAGACCUGAGCGUCCACGCCAAGGACCAUCUGCCCCCGCACCAUGGGCCGACGGAGAUGGUAUUUUGCCUCACCCGCAUCGAGCUUACUGUAGCAUCCAGCCAGACCGGCAACAUGCGUCCUGGGCCCUCCACUCCCGGAGGCAGACCCGGGGUCAACAACAAGGCGCAGAAGGUGCAAUAUAGCCCUUCUCCAUCCUCCCCGGACCUUGUCACCCAUGUGGCCAACCAGACGCUGCCUCACGACCUGGCCAGUUUUCACCUGUAUAUUGAGAACAGGUAUCUGAAGCAUUGCGACCAACGCAUCCCUCUUCACUCGUUCACAUUGCUCAUGACGCGCCAGGCGCUUUCCAAGCUCCGCGUCAUCGACUUUUUGACUCGUAGUUCGGGGAUCGAGAGUGUCAACCCAGCCGAGCGAGAGGAGCUUUUCAUAGAAGCCAUCAGGACGGUUGAGUUAGACAACAUGAUCCAGAGGGCUCCAGAAUUGCAAGGGUUCCGGUGGUAUACAUACCAGCAUUUCCCAUUUCCCGCCUACAUCUUUCUCAUAUCGGAGCUUAGAGUGCGAACGACGGGUAGCUUGUGCGAGCGGGCGUGGGACGCUAUGAUCGAAAAUCACGACCGCCGGGGGUUACUUAGGAGGAAUCUCCGGUCACCGUUACACAUUGCGUUUGGACACUUCUUUGUGAAGGCGUGGGAUGCGAGAGAGCAGGCCGAAUUGCAGCUGGGGAGAGUGUUGCCAACGCCCCAGAUUGUGACGCUGCUGAGGAACACGGUCUCCAAGAUGAAGAGGCCGACGGGGCCGCCGUUGGAUGGAGGUGACCAUCAGGCUAGUGUUCCCGGGCCGCCUGUCGCUCUGCCGCCGCCAAUCGUCGGUGGGAAUGACCCGCCACCGGGACUGUAUCCAGGAAAGGGGAUGCCGUUGACCCCCGAAACAACGGGGCCGGUGCCCGGAGCGGGGCCGCAGGUAGGACCGCCGGGAGGACCAGGACCAGGGAUGAUGGCAAUGGGUGAUGCGCCCGUCAUGUUUAAUGGAUAUGAAGGCCUGAACCCCUUGUUCAACAGUGCCAGUGGACCUGGACCGGGAGGUGGACAAGUUGGCGGACCUGGGGGAGGAGGAGGGCCAGGUGGGAUGGAAGAAAUGGACUUUGGGCAGAUGGACUGGAACUACCUGGUGCAGUACAGUUCUUUUGGGGCGUUCAACCCUGCUUAUUACCACCAGGGCGGCGCGGGUCCUGCGGGGAGUCACCCAUGAAAAACAGGGAACAGGAGGGCGGCUACCUGCGUCUACGGGCAGCGCCAGAAUCCCGGGUGGCGUUUAGGUUUGGGGACUUGAGUGCCGCGCAGUGGUGGAUGCGAGACCUGCAGAUGCGGGCGAACUACCUAGGUGGACGGGCGUCGGGAGGAUGACGACUUGGGAGUCAUGCGAGGAUGUAUGACUCGGUCAAGUUCGGUUCGGGUUCGGGUGACUGAGGUGACUGUUGGUGUUUUUUUCCUGAUCGGGAUGGAAGAGGUAAGAUGGGAGGAGAGAAAGGAAGCACACCACUCACUUUUUUUAUUUGAUGUUGGUUUUUUUGUCCAUGAUAUUCAUAUGGCGGGAUGGAGAGAUGUUGAUGAUGUUUUGGAACUGUUUGGUGGUUUCAAGGUUUGAAAGAGAUAAAGCGCGUGUGUGUGGUGGUGGUUCUCUUUUAUUCUUCUUGAUGAUAUAUUGUUUUUUUUUGUUCCUGUUGGGUGCGAAGGUUGUCUAUACCAUGAAGCAAGAAGUUUCUCAUAUUAAGGUUAGGUUUCUUUUUUUCUUGUUAUAUAUGAAUAUAAAAUGGAAUAAAGGUUACAUACCGCUCUUUACACACACA